AUGACUGGGGCUGGGAAAGUCUACGAACUAAAUGGGACAGUCCACAACGGCUUGUGGGUAGUGAAGGCUUACCAAGAAGUGGUUAAGAAUUUUCAAAAGACUCAUCGUGGAUUUAUGGGCCUCAGACUCAUCUUUUCGGAUUCCAGAUCCAGAAGUGUGGCUAUCGUCGCAGAUUCUGUUCGAAAAGCCAUGGGCCUUCAGUAUCACUUCCCUGGGAUCAUGGCGGGGUUUGACCUGGUGGGGCGUGAGGACACUGGCCGCAGCUUGUACUCCUACAGGGAGGCCCUAACAAUUCCAGUCAAGCACAGGAUUAAACUACCUUACUUUUUCCAUGCUGGGGAGACAGACUGGUAUGGAACCUCCAUAGACGGAAACCUUGUGGAUGCUGUGAUACUGAAUGCUACCAGGAUUGGCCAUGGAUUUGCUUUAACCAAACACCCUCUAGUCAGGGUUUACUCCCAGGAAAAGGACAUCCCAGUAGAAGUCUGUCCCAUUUCCAAUCAGGUGAUGAAGCUGGUGGCAGACCUGAGAAAUCACCCUGCAGCCUCACUGAUGGCCUCUGGACAUCCCAUGGUGAUCAGCUCUGACCACCCGGCUCUGUUUGGUGCCAAAGGCUUGUCCUAUGACUUCUAUGAGGUCUUCAUGGGGAUUGCAGGGAAUAAGGCUGACCUGAGGACCCUCAAGCUACUGGUCACAAACUCUAUCAAGUACAGCUCCGUGGUGAAGUCGGAGAAGGACUUUCUCAUGAAAGUCUGGUGGAUCAAAUGGAACCAGUUCAUAGAAAAGCUGGCCCAGAGGCGAAGAUGA